GAUACCGAACCGUGCGAUUGUAGCUUUAGUAAAUGGCUUCAGAAAUAAUUGGGGAAGGCGUUAUUCAUUGCUCCAAAGCUAUGGACGCUUCUAAACUCGCCCAGAAAUCGCUCCCGCGGCAAUGUUGUGAACAUCAAGUAAGUAGUUAGCAAGCUGCUUCAAUGAAGUCGAGCUGCACGACUCAUUCUUUUCUUGGAAUGGUGCCGAGGAAGUACGUGAGAUUUGCGCUAAGAGCAAUGGGCUUGUUAUUCCUUGCGGCAGUGGCCACUGUCGCCGUUAGCAGAGUGGGCAGUGUAAAGGAUCAUAUCGGCCACCUGUCAGGGAACACGAAGUUCUCAGCAGGAAACAGGCCAGACGAGGACGGCGGAGAGGAUGGAGGACUCGUGGAAAAUGCCUUCUCAGUCUUGCCCCGACACCGAGUCCAAGAUGCGGCGGAUGCGGAUCCUAACGCUGCGGACGGCGUGUCCAGAAGACGCGGUCGAAAAAAGAGUCACAAACCAAGGUUGAUGGGUGCAUUGUCACCAGCUGCAACAGGACCGGGUAUGUCAGCCUCAAUACGCCCGCUGGACAUUCAUGUGAAUCAAGAGUAUCACGUGAAAGGUUUGUACAUGGUGGAGGAGAAAGAGGCUUAUCUGCCGUUCAAAUUUGUACGGAAGUAUUUCGAUAUCUAUGGUGAUGUGAAGGCAAGUAGCAGUAGCAGUAGUGUGAGCAGCGAGGGCAAGAUGCGGCUGACGUUCUCGCACUCGUACGGCCGACCUUUCUCACCGCCGAAAACGUAUACGCACCAUGCGGCGGGAGCCUUCCUGAACUUUGGUACGUUCAACGUGGCCGGGCGGGAGCGAGUGCUGUACAUGGAUGAGUACGACGUGCCGGUGUCCACGCAGUGGGAUCCGAAAGGCUAUCACUUUGCCACACAGAUCUCGCAAUACGGCCUGCAGCACUACUCCAAUCUUGUCCACCCGAAAAAUUCGACUGUUAUUCAAUGGAUUGUGAACCCUGAGGAGUCUCCCGCUGUCGGGAAUUGGACUGUCCGUGAACGCACUGGCAAUACCCUGAAGGUUGCCCGCGAUUCAGAGCUUGGCCAAGACGUCCUAGCGUUCUGCACAGAAGUGGCACCAACGGGUAUUAGAGCAGGUGUAGGUAUAACUUAUCCAGUGGCCAAGUUUUCCGCUCCAACAUUGCGGGUUGUCUCGGCUGGCUUCAAGAUGACCGGUGAUGCGUUGUGUUUGUCCUUUCAAGUUCUGAUGACAGACAAGACGGUCUACACGGUGCACUAUGAUACAACAGCAACGAAAACCCUGGAAGUGCUGGGGGAGGCGUUCCGGUAUCGCCUGCUCGCGAAGAAGGGUCAGUGGAGAGUGUUUGCAAGAGAUCUGCAGAUUGAUAUCCAACGUGCCGUGGUGUUUGAAAUACGCAAGAAAGACUCCACAAAGCCCAUGCGGGAGUCUGCCUCGGCGUCGGUGAAAGUUGUCCGUGUGCAGUCCCUCGCGGUGCGUGGCUGUGGCGUGUUCUCGAAUUUGUCGCUGAGGUCGGAUGCACACCUGACCAUGACAAUGGCUGCGGUGGACUGGUUGCUAUUGAACCAGGAUUCCAAAACUGGUGGCUGGCCCACCCACGCUGUGCGCACACUCAAGCCUAAUCUGGUCCUGCAGCCGGGCUGGCUAUCUGCAAUGGUGCAAGGGCAAGCCAUGUCACUGCUAGUGCGCGCAUACUCUGCCACUAAGAUCAAGAAAUACCUUGAUGCGGCUCUGAAGGCAACCCAACCGUUUCUCAAGCUGGCCAAGGAUGGAGGUGUCAAAGCCAUCUUCCUAAAUGAGUACACAUGGUACGAGGAAUAUCCAACACAGCCAUCUUCGUUUGUCCUCAACGGCUUCAUCUUCUCCCUGCUGGGUCUGCACGACUUGGCAGAGGCGGCGAAACAGGCUGGGAUUCAGUCGAAUGCGGAGGAGUUGUACAAGGCCGGUGUGCGAUCACUCAGGGCAAUGGCUAUGCUCUAUGAUACAGGUGUUGGUACAAUCUAUGAUCUACGCCACUUCAGUAUACCAACAUUCCCGCCAAACAGGGCUCGCUGGGACUAUCACGUGACACAUAUCAACCUGAUGACGGCCAUGGCCACUAUUGAUGAGCACCCAAUGUUCAAGACACUCCGAGAGCGCUGGCUCGGAUACAUGACAGGACGCGCAACGAAACACAACUGAUGUGUGGCGGCGGUGGAGUGAAAAUUCCAACGGGCGCACGUGUGUGUGUUUUUUAUGUGUGUGUGUGUGUGUGUGUGUGCGUGCGCGCGUGUGUGUAUGAGUACUGUUGGCGUGUACUUAGCUGUGGCACUCGCAAUGUGCCUGAAAGUUAUACUGCAAACCGCUCCAGCUUGAGAUACAGUCGACCUGUUCCAACUCAUGCAAGUAAUAGCUACAGAGGAAUGAGAGAGAGAGAAAAAGCUGUCUUUUUUUGAUUAGCGAAAUUCUGUGUUCCUCUGUCUGUUGCCUAUUGGGCACUGUAGCCUUGACAACCUUUCUUCAUGAGAGUUUUGUUUCUCGCAUGCACGAUACACAAUACAGCAUAUUUUGUGCGUCCACACAUUAUUUAUAUACAGAUGUGUACGGCAGUCUGCUAUCUGCCAUUUCAUUGCCAAUAGUUGUCGGGAUUGUCUCCGGCCACUCGGAGACUUCCGUGCCGUUUUGCGCUCCUUGUCAGCAUUCUAGUUCGCUCCCAGCGCUGACAAGAAGUUUAGUGCACACGUUGGCAGAGACGGUCAAAAAGAAACGUGUCCGUCUCUGGCAUGCCAUCUUUGCUCACUUAUGCACGCUACCACGUGUUCAGUGUGUGUAAUUUAAAUUUGCAGUCUUAUUCACCCUCUUCAGAAGCAUUUUUAUUGCUUUUUUUUCUUCAAUCAAAGACAUGUUUUUUUUUCCUAAAAUAGCCCUAUUGUUUCAAGUUCCUAGCCAGUGAGGUUUUGUUGAGCUGUAACCCCCUGAUUCUUGACUUUCAUGUACUUACUUUGAAACAGAAAUCUCACGGUGUUGCUCCGUGCAUUGC